AUGAUCACGCAACGCACGCUGAUGGACGGAUACAAGGCAGAGUCCUACGGCAACGAUGCCGAGGACGAGGUACUCUGCCCUCUCUGCAUGGAGGUCCUGGACGAGACCGACAGGAACUUCUACCCGUGCACUUGUGACUACCAGGUGUGCCUGUGGUGUCUGCACUACAUACGGACCACCAUGGGCAACAAGUGCCCGGCGUGCAGGAGGGACUACGAGGAGUCAAAUAUGAAAUACAAAACUAGCCCGCGGGUACCGAACACUUCGAGGUCAUCUAAUACGAAGAAGAAGCGGGAGACAGGCGAAAAGGAUGCCACCACUCGCGAGGAGCGCACGACGGUGCCGCCGCAUCUGAGCAACACAAACCUUAAGGAAAUGAGAGUGAUACAGCGCAACCUCGUGUACGUCGUAGGGAUACCCGCGAGAAUUGCCAAGGUGGAAAUUUUAAAGCAACACGACUAUUUCGGGCAGUAUGGAAGAAUCCAGCACAUAGUGAUCAACAAGAGCCAGUCCUACAACUCCCACAUUAACGGGGCGUCGUACACGGCGUACAUCACGUACUCGAGAAAAUCUGAGGCGGCGCUUGCGAUACAGAGCAUAGACGGGUCACAGGUUAGCGGUAGAACACUCAGGGCGUCCUACGGGACAACCAAGUACUGCAGCUUCUUUCUUAAGGGCCUCAAGUGCACCAAUGUCGACUGCUUCUACCUGCACCAAUAUGGCGACGAGAGCGAACGGAUAUCUAAGAACGAACUUACCAGCCUUAUGCACAAGACAGGCAAGCCGGGGUUGGGACGGGGAUCACAUUCUCUGGAAAAUCAGGGUCCAGUAAAGGGCAAAGACGAACCUUCAAGCAGACACCCGAACCCGCGCCGGAUUCACAAAGUGCAUGAAACAAUGCCAACCAACAAGAGGAAUGAUGUCGGCAUGGAUACCUACAGCAACUAUGGCACCAGCGCAGCACCCUCCGAACGCGAUCCGGCGUCGUGGGCUCAUGUCGCAGCCGGUGUGAGAGACUCAGGGGCCAAUGUGAUGCCCAAUAUGCAAUACAAUUACCCCCAUCCAGACGAGCUGCAGUUCCAAUACUCGAUUAUGGGCGAGUCGUACCCAGAAUCGUACGCCCAAUCCUUCGAAGGGUACAGAGCACCGAGGCCUAAAAGCGACUACCAGCCGGUCAAAAGGAUGAACCCGCCGUACCACCCGCAAGAAAGUAUACCAAAUGGUGCCACUGCACCUGCAACGGGUCAGAAUGAAGUCAUGAGGCAUCUAUUCAAUGAGGCGCUGCUCUCCCACCUCCAGAAGUACAACCGAGGCGAACACAUACUGUACGCCGUGGAUAUGCCGUCGGAUCGGAGCAAUGUAUCCGAUCAACAUAAUGCGCAGUACCCCGACGGGUUAACUACCAGCCAAGACGAUAUCAACGUCCUUCAAGCUCGCUUAUGGAUGAUGGCGGAGCAGGCAAAAGCAUCAGGGGCCUACUAUGUGUCGAACAAGCGCAGGCAGCUGGACUACUACAAGGGAGCCAACGAUCUGUUUAGUGUUCUUGACGGCGAAAGCGCCAUCGCGGGAGAUGCGGCCACACUGGGCCCCAGGGACCUAUUCCCAGAACGCACGGCGGUCGACGACAUACUGGACAAGGUGAAGCAGCACUCACUGAUGCUUCGACAUAUGGCGCAAAUGUACGCCAUCAAGCCGCAAAGCGGCAAAGGCGCGACACCACCUCGACCUGGUGAUGAGCAGCUGGUUAAGGAAAAUGCGGAGGUGCCGAAACCGUCGUACAGUUACCCGGUAAACCCCUCGCCGGAGCUGAAAUACGCCUCCGCUGUCGGUGGUGCUGCAGCAGCCAAGGCAGAGAAAUUCGUGUCAAGCAUACUCCUCUCCUCGCCUCUCGACCAAGCCCAGCUAGAAGCGGACAUCAAGCUUCACGAGGAGCUUGUUGAAGGAGUGCAGAAGCUAGUUAACGCGGAGUUGAAACGGGAACAGCGGUAUGCAAGACACAUCGCCGACCUCUAUGCAAACUGA